AGUCAAUUCCCACAGUGGAGGAGAGUUGAAGCCAGAGUCACUCCGCUCGUUGUUGUCCAGGAUAUCACACCAGACACUGCAAAGAUGGUCGAGAAGUUUGUCGGGACGUGGAAGAUGAUUUCCAGCGAGAACUUUGAUGACUACAUGAAAGCUAUUGGUGUGGGAUUUGCGGUCCGGCAGGUGGGCAAUCGGACCAAGCCCAAUCUGGUAGUGACCGUGGACGAUCAAGGGACUGUAUGCAUGAAGUCUCAGAGCACCUUCAAAACUACUGAAAUCAAGUUCAAGCUCAACGAGCCUUUUGAGGAGACGACCGCAGACGAUAGGAAGACAAGGACCGUGGUGACUCUGGAGAACGGCAAGCUUGUGCAGAAACAGAGCUGGGAUGGGAAAGAGACGAAUAUCGAGAGGGAGGUUACAGAUGGGAAAUUGAUAGCGAAAUGCAUAAUGGGAGAUGUGAUUGCAGUGAGGACGUACGUGAAGGAGGUGUGAUGCGGUCCCCCCUCAGCCCACCCCAGUUGGAUGCAUUGCUGGAUGACAGGCUCAGUUCAAUGAGCGUUAAUACCAAAGCAAAGUUCUGCUCCCCCUAUUCUUUAUCUUCGCUGUGUUGCCAAAAUCAAAUUUCUGUGCCUCUGUUCUCCAACAUGACACAUUUGGUUUCAUUUGGAAUUAUUGUGGUGAUUUAAAUAAAAACGAUUGAAAAACCUGUCAAAA